UAUAAAACUAAGCAGUCGGUGUACGUCAAUCGCAUACAGCGCACCAAAAUGGCAGUAACAUACAGUUUGCUCGUUUUGUCUUUGCUGGCUCUAGCAAAUGCUCAACUGCAAGCUAUCAACGGGAGAAUCAAAAUAACAAUUGGCACGACUUCAGGAUGCGGAGACACUGUCAAUUUUAUCACCACCCAGCUAGCAGAUGCCUAUGAAGAAUACAGCGCGUUCUUGGACAUUGAAUUCGUGCCAUGGGGAAGAACAAUCCAGAACGCAGACGGUACUCAGACCUGCCAGUUUGGAGUCAACGACUGCUUCGCUAACCGUCUUCACCGCUGUGUACUCGACCAGCUGAGGACUAACCAGCAAGCUCAGAUGGACUACAUGCUUUGUGAAUUCUCGCCCCCACAUCCCUCAUUUCUGCAAAGGAGCUACGCGUGCGCUGCUGCUGUCGGUUUGAAUCUGGUUACAAUCGACGUUUGCGUGGCUACGCCUUUAGGAGAUCACCUUGAUGCCGCCGCUCAAGCAGCAUCAGCCGAGCCCAUGGCCACCAUCAACUUCGUGCCCUCCAUCGUGUUCAACGACCAGAUCGACGUGGACCUGCACACCACGGCUCGAAGCCGGCUGAAGAGCAUGAUCUGCUUCGCACUAGCUGACUUCCCCGAGACCGGUGUCACCAACUGCCAGAUUUAAUCAAUUCACACAUGAAACUCCAAGCUUUAGAUAAGAACAACGAAGUAAUUGAAGCCUAGCCUCCAAAUUCCCUGGAAUAAAAGUUUUAUCUCGUUUGGCCUC